GAUCAAAUACAUAACUCAACAAUGAGUAAUGACAAUGCAAAAAAGUCAAACCCUUGGAAAAACUUGUCAACGAUAUCCACUUUCGACAAUGGAAACAAUUCUCGGAUAACACGACGUCUUGAGGAAGCCCACGAUGGUUCAAGUGGGGGGCAAAUAGUGGGUCGUGUUGCCCCAUCAACAAGUCUCCUCAUCGAAUCCCUCCUGAAGAGUAUCUGCGCGAUGUUCGAGACAGAUCCAACCCGAAGGAACAAAUUAUACUUCAUUUUGUGUGACAAACUCCACGAAAUGAGACUGAUCGACAGUUCCUACAACAUGAUGGAAUUCGAGAGCAUGAGGGGACAAUACCAACAGGCCUGGUACAGACUAGUGGCUGUGGCAAGAGCUGCUGCUGGCUCUGAAGACAUAAUCGAAUUUCCCAAUUUGUCUCCAGAUUGGUCUCGCUACGCCGUUGAAUUCGACGAACGUGAGUUCAUUGCCUCCGGGGGUUUCGGCACUGUCUAUCGAGCAAUUAAUCGGCUCGAUGGCCACGAGUAUGCUAUUAAAAAAAUCAUAGUCAAGUCAGGACGAGUGAAGAAUAUUCUCCAGCAACUGGAGGAAGUAAAAACCCUCGCUAAACUUAAUCACACGAAUAUCGUGGCGUACAAGGGCGCCUGGAUCGAGCACAAUCUACCGCACUCACUCCUCCCCAGAACAAAAUUCAAGGGCAAAAGGUCUUUGAUUGGACGUAUGUCCCCUGAGAGCCACUCCUGUGAGACUAGUAAUCAAUUAAAAAAUAGCCGCUCCUCUCUUAAUUCAGAGUCUCGUGGUGGUAUGUCUUUUAGAAAAUCAAUUAGUCGUCGUAAUCAGCGGGAGAGGGAGAGGUCUGUCAGCCACUGUGAAAUCGUCAAUCAACGAUUUCAAGAAUUUAAUUCUGCGACUGAUAUUAUAGGCAGAAGAAUCAGUGAGAAUGUCGAUCGUGUGUCGAGGAAUUCUGAUGUUGUGUCUUUUAGAAAUGAUGAUGGAGAGACUGAUGAUCGCAGUGUCAGCUCUGAUAGCAGUGACAUCGAGGAAAUUCCGUCCCCAGAUCAUACAGAUGCUGUCACUGACAGGAGGAUCUGUCAAUACAAUUCCUCCAGAGUUAAAUAUGCAACAAUUUAUAUUCAAAUGGCUCUCUGCGAAAAAACACUGCGAGCUUGGCUCGAUGAGAGAUUAGAAGCCACUCCAGAACCUAUUGCCACUACGAUUUUAAAACAAAUCCUCGAUGGACUGCACUAUAUGCAUUCUAGAGAUAUCGUACACCAUGACAUCAAGCCCAGCAAUAUUUUUAUCGGGGCCAUUGGUCAACGAGUGGAAAUUCAGGUCGGAGACUUUGGAUUGGCCUGUCCUCGUCAACGGGAGAGUCAUCAUCCCGUCUUCGGGACGGAAUUGUACGCAGCACCUGAGCAACUCAAUGGCCAGUGCAAUCCAAAAAGUGAUCUCUACAGCCUAGGAAUUGUUAUAUUCGAGAUAUUUUUUCCCAUGAAAACGGGAAUGGAGAGAAAUUCUCUGAUAAAUCAAUUAAAAUCUGGAAAAAUGCCGGAGGAGUUCGUGGAAAAAUAUCCAAAAUGGGCCGACACAAUAAAACGACUUCUCCUCGUCGAUCCCAUCAGGCGCCCCUCAGCCACCGAAUUAUUACAGAGUUUGAACGCCGAUAAAGACUCGAUUAUUGCUGAAUUGACAGAUACGAUCAAAGAGAAAGACAUUAUCAUCGAUAAUUUGAGGCUGGAGAUUGAGGAGCUCCGACACAGGCUCGAUAAAAUCGAACCCACAGUGAAAGCACUCGAGAUGCCAGAAAAAUAGAAAGAUAAUUUCCCCAAAGUUAAGAGAAUAAAAUAAUUUGUAUAUACGCAGCGGAAAGUUGGCGAAAUAUUAUUAGCAACAUUUUUUAUACUUUUAGAUUUUUAAAACGAAGAGAAUGUAUUAUUCAGUAUUUUCUAAGGGACGAGAGAAUAAAAUUCGACUGGUGAGUCAUAUGAAGGAAAUUCUUA